AUGCACGCCUCCCGCUCCCUAGCGGGCGCUCGGCUGCGAGGCGCUGCCCGGACAUCCGGCAGCGCCAGCACCCGCCGCUUGCACGCGGCCGCUGCGCCGGUCCUGCGCCGCAGCGGCCCGCAUGCGCGCGGCGCACGGGCCCCGGCGCCCCGUGCUGCCGCGCGGCGCGGCCUUAGCGUCAACGCCCUCCUGGAUUACGUCGCGACUGCAAGCGAUGACGGCGUCCUGCGGCUGCCGGCGCGCACUGAGCUUGAUCCCGAGGAGAUUAAGAACGUGUACAACUACCCCAGGAACUUGCCGGACAACUACCACAUUGGCAAGGUCAUCGGCGCCGGCAGCUUCGGCACAGUGCGCGAGGCUGUCUCGAUCGCCACAGGCCACACGUACGCGGUCAAGACAGUCUCCAAAGUGCCCAAGCGCGGCCCGCCGACGCCCAGGUGCGAGGAGCCUCAGGCGAUUGGGGGCUGA